CCCAAACGCAAACAAACCGACACUUGUUUAUUAACUACUACCGCUAUAGCUCAACUCGAUGACCUUUCUUCAUGGAUGUCAUCGGUCGUCAAUUAUGUGUCGAGCUGCUCGAGGGCUUUCUCUCUGAGAGCGGCGCAAUUGUCCAACAGCUGUACAUCACCAAAGGCGCCAUACUAUAAUGGCUACUGCUAUACCUUAUCCCCUUCCAACCCAACAGUGGCCGACCCCAUCACAAGAUUUGGUUUAUCGUUUCGGUACAUACACACACACCGCAAGCUCGAAUCUGCACCCGAUGCAUCCGCUCGAAGCUCCCAACCAGUGCCUCAAGAACCGGGCACUCCUUUGCCAUGGCUGACCGCUCAGUAUUGGAGGAAACUACGUCUUCAGUCAUCCUUAAAUAAAGCUUUCGUUGAUCGGCGUGCGGAUGAGGAGCGGGCCAACACCGGCUCCUCCAACUCGACCUUCGCAAGCGAUGCAAAAAACGGGGAAACCACAGAUGGAGCUCAGCGCUCGCAAAGAGGAGCAUCGGGUAUACAGUUAGAUGAUUUUUGUGAUGAUUAUGGGUACGACGCACCAGGUCAGACUGGGACCGAAUCCACACUGCGGUCGACGCCUCUCUCUUCUGCGAAUCGUGAUGGACUGGACAUCGACCGGCCAGACCCGGUCCAAAACUCGACUACAAAUACUAGAGCAAACCCGCAAAGACAGGCCAAACGCCUGAAACGUUCCAAUCCGUGGGGUUAUGCGCCUGAUCUCACUUCUACAGAGUAUUUAAUCCUCUCGAUCCAUAUGGCACACGACCCAGAGAAUCGUCAUUGGGCUUGUGAAGAAAUUGAUGAUUUCCAGCUUAAAUACAGCCAGGCGGCUAUGGACCACUAUAAAGGUUUCCACCGCAUAACAUUACAGGAGAUUGUCGCAGACUACAUACGGGCAGUGAAUCCCCAACUGGACCGAUUUGGCGUACAAUGCAAGGAACUCUUGGAUCCUAGUCCGCAGCACUUCUCACAGUACUCUAUAAAGCUCAGGUGCCUACAUGAGGACAUGGAGCGUGUUUUUUCCGAAGCCAAUAUUGAGAAACUGUCCUCACGAGGAUAUGCUGCCGCCGAUGUGGUGACGUGGGCCUGGGUGCUUAAUAGCGAAACGCCAUAUGAAGCUUGUCUUCGAAUUUUACUAGCGGAUACCGAUCAAUAUUCAGCGCAAAGCUCUCCGUCCGGGAGAGUCCCGCCAUUCAUUCCGCUACUCAUUCUACGCCAGGGUCUCGACGUCAGAACUUUCAGACUACUCCUUCAUUACUCUCUAGACCUUCUAACCGGUCAAUAUGUUCGACUCCCAAAUAACCUCGCGCAGGACACAACGACCAAACGAAUCUCCAAUGAGAAAAUCGCAUUCGGUACAACAAAGCCCCUGAUCAAUUUUGAAAUGUGCUCAACCUUCGUUAUUCGCUUGCUACACCAUGCUCGUCAACUGUGGCCGGAGGCCCAACUUGCCAUAAUCCAGGCUUUUGCGUUCUAUUUGAAUACGCUGGAGAAGAGUCGCCCAAAAUAUCAGCGGUCCCAGGAUAAACUACAUGCGCUAUUGGUCGACAGGUGUAAUACAAUACUUCGCUUACUUUCUCUUCCUUCUCGACGUGAGCCAUUUUUAUCUGUUUCGUUCCAGCAGCGUGCACAGCUUGAGCUUCUCCGAGCUAUGGCUGCAUUUCAGCCGGCCAUACCGGUCACGAAACGGGGCUAUCAAAGUCUGGUCGCCGUACAGCUUGCGCAUAGGAAGACAGACGCCGAGCGCCAAUCAGCGGAACUCAAGGCCCCGUCGUGGCCGCCUUGGAAGGAAGACAAGAUAGGGUACGACGUCGACCGGGGACUCCAAGGCAGGAAAAGUCGCGCGAUGCGAGUGCUGGUCCAAAAGCUAGAGGCGGGAUAUACUUCCUCUGCAUGGGAUAAUAUGUCUCGUAUCCUAGCAGGCUGGGACACAGACGGAAGCCCAACGAUUCAAACCCGGUCCUUUGGGCUGUCUCGACCGGAAAUCUUAGGCCGGUUCCCAGCCCACUCCGACCAUUAUAAGCUUUGGGAAGCACGAAUUCGUGCUACAAGAACUGUCCGGGAAGCCUGGGCCUGUUUUCUCUCAUAUCAGGAAAAGGGGUUGCGUCCCCAUGGUGCCAUAUACGCAGCGAUGGCGGAAAAGUUGAUAAAUCGCGACCGAAACAGUAGCAGCGACUACAAUAGCACGGCUCUGCCAGGCGAUGGAAUCGAAGUUUUCCCGGAACCUUUGUCCGCCAGGGACUUGAUCUAUGUGCCCUCCGAACCACCAACCUUGAACCAUCUUCUGCAUAUGAUGCUCUCUCAGAGUAUUCGGCCACGUGGUCGGUUUCUCGCCUUGCUUCUACGACAUGCACCAACUUUUCAUGCCGGGCUAGAGUAUCUUUGUUGCAGCAAUUUGACGGAUGAGCAGCUGGGGGCUUUGUGUACUGAUUGGGGAAGCGACUUCCGUCAUCCCAGUUGGCUUAAGACGGGACUGAACGAGCUGUCGGAUUUCCUUGUCGCUUCGUUCGUCAAAUUCCUCUGCAGAUUUGGCAAUAAAACUUAUUUAGUGCUGCUACAGCCUACCUUGCCUCCUCCAGAUCUAUUCCCCUUGCAGCUGGAAGGAAAAAGGACGCUGGAGCCACUAGUGCAUCAGAUGAGAGAAGAGCGCCCCCUUCCCUCUGGCGGUCAUCGCAGGGCGCUGCCUCAUGUUAUUGACCUUUUACGGGCGCGGGCGUCACAGCCGGCACAAGCGUGGAUCUAUAUCUUGUCUGCCGUGAUCGAACGCAGCCCGCAUAGAUCCAAGGCUUAUGCUAAGCCGGUGGUUGCUUGGUUUAAUGCUCAGCUGCUCAUGAGAUGGAUGGACCAACGUCAGAUCGACACUGGUCUGGAUGGAUUUAAUCUACUCUGUCAGGCAUUCUUACGCGUCUUGAUGGUUCUGAAAUACCGUACUGCUGUGGGACAGGGGUUGGAGAUUGUUAGCAGGAUGGCAUUAUCAGGUCAACUCAGUCUGCAUGGUCUUGUCCUACCACGACCUGAAGAUGUGGUACCAACGGGCCUCAAUUUUCUGAAGCAACAAUUUGACAAGUGCGUUCUCGGGGACCCGCAGCUUUCCCAGAUUUUCGAACACAGUUCCUCGUCAAUUCAGCUUGCCACCAACUCACAGGUGACUUUGCCGCCGUUGUUUCAUGUUCCUUCUCCUGCGGUUCUCCAUCUCUUUGUCCGCACACUUGGGAUUGCUGAAGACUCGGAUGGAUUGCUAAGCCUCUUGCGAUGGAUGAAGCAGCACGAACUCACUUUGAAGGAGAAGUAUGACCAGCUUCUCAAUGGAGAUCGGAUGAUGCGCCGGGUCAUAGUAGCCUUUCGAGUGUUCUUGGAAGGAUCUAGGAAGGAACGGCGCACCUCGGAGCAACGGGGAGAUGGUGAUCACAUCAGUUUCACGAGGUUGGAAUCUUCAGACUCACAACUGCAGGAGGCCUAUGAAAUUAUUACUUCUUCGCGGGUUUGGGGUUCCUGGCCGACUGAUGAUGAGUUCAAGAAGUACUUAGCGCAGUGAGUGUGACAGCACGGGAGGCGCAUGGUGAGGACGCAUCGCUGCAGGUCGGGGAUCAGUAUACCAGCGCUAUUCAUUUCUAAUGUAAAUUACCCUUUUUGAAUAUAGCUAGACUUCUAUGUGACUAUUUCUAGAGACUACAUCGG